CUCCUUUAAUUUUUUAAUUAUUUAAAUUUAUUUCUUAUUCUUUUCACUGCUACUUGUUUUAUUUGACAUUUUUUUUUGAAUUUAUAUUUUUGCGACUUUGUUCUCCUUUAUUUUUUUUCCUAUCAGAUUUAAUUCUUAUUUGUUUUGUUUUAAGUUCUUUUCUUAAUUAAUUUUAUUUUAAUUUUACUGUUCAAUAUUUGAUUUGAUUUUAUUUUAUGUUGGAUUUGAAUUUGGUUUUUGUUCUUUUCUUAAUUAAUUUUAUUUCAAUUUUACCUUUUAAUAUUUAAUUUGAUUUCAUUUUAUGUUGGAUUUGAAUUUGGUUUUUGUCCUUUUCAUUGUCAAUUUUUUUAGCAAAAUUUUUAGAUUAAAAUAUUUUUUUUAAUUUUAUUAUUUAACAUUAAAUUAGUUAGGAAUUAAAUCUUAUAAUAAUUUAUUUUUUUAAUUAAACGAAAAGAUAGCUCGGUCAUAAACAAAUCAAGCACGAUCAAGUAAUUUACUUAAAAGUUACCGUGCGAUUAGCGCCGUCCUUUAUUUAAUCCCACUCUUGUCUCAUAAAACCAAAAGGAGGUUUUUUUCCCAAAUCCGAUUUUGGCAAGGAAAAAAAAUAAAUCCUCCAAAUCUCUAUAUAAACAAACCCUUCUCUCUGUUUUUUUUUCCUGUUUAUGCAUAGCGUCUUUAGUUUCAAAGUUCAUCACAGGCACCAUGACACCAGUUACCGGAAACAAAGGGCAGGAGAAAUCCUACAAGAUGAGACAAACCACGAUAGAGAAGAAAGCAACAGAGCUCGCAAUUUUGUGCGAUGUUCCUGUUUGUGUUGUUAUUAAAAACAAUACUGACGGCAGGAUUUCAACUGUGCCACAAGAUAGAGGACAGGUGGUCGAUAUUCUCUUCUCUUACAAACACAAACUACAAGCAGAGUUAGUGGCGGGCAAUGCGAAGUCCAAGGUAGUGAAAAAGGAUGAAACCUGGGACCCAAGUUUUAAUAACUUACCUGAGGAAAAUUUGAUGAAGUUUAUGAAGGAAUUGGAAGAGAAGUCAAAGAUGGUGGAUGAAGCAAUUAAGAGAAAACAGGAGGUUGUUAGUAAGAAGGGGAGAGGAAAAAGAAUCCAUGCUGGUGAUGGGCCGACAGAAGUCGGCAAUAAAAAGGCAAAGGGCAAUAUUGUUCUUGAUUCAAGAACGACCAAUUCUUCGUUUUCUACAGAUUCUGGUUUAGAUUCUUUUGGUUCUAGCACCAGCAGCAAUACUGGUUUUUCUGAUGGAGUUUCAAUUCCAAGGAGAUUAACUGAUGGCACGUUUGCGGGUGAGAUUGACAAUGAUACCGAUAUCGAAGCUUUACCUGCAUCCACAGUGCGGCCUGUAAAGCUGUUUGGGAUUUUUCUCAAUUGAGAUGACUUUUGCCUCUAUUUUUUAGAAAUUCUCUCCGUGUAGUUUUCUAGAAUUUUACCCCUAAUAGUUUUUAAGACAAGAAUAAUUACUGAAUUUCUUGCCAGUUAUGGGUACUUUGGUGCAUGGAUGGUUGUUAGAAUUUGAUUCUUUUUUAAGUGUAACUGUUCAUCCAA